AUUAAGUUUCCAUGUCAAUCCAGCCAUCAGCCAAUUCAAAACGAAGACUAAAGCAACUUCGACAAUAACUAGUUCGUAAGCCAAGGAGUUACAAUAUCUCAAAUGUGACUGAUUAUAGUGAAAGUAAACAAACAAAUGACGCAACCAGCGUUUAGACCGCGAGUGAAAGUGUAGUCUGUGGCGCGCGGUGGCUGAGCGCGAACGUACCGGUGCGUGGAUUAAAAAAAAGUUUAAACGUCAAACGUCCGCGCUAAAAUUAUUGUCAAGAUUUUUUUUUUGGCGUCUCAGUGGAGUGAGUGAAUUGAAUAAGAAGGUUUCGUCGCUGAAGGCUGUGUUGUUAUAGCUAAACCGCCCCUAUCGCUCGGCCAAUGACGGGGAGGGUCCCGCCCCCGCGCGGCGCCGCGCCGCAGCUGUGUCUCGCGGUUGUACUCCUGCUACUCGUCGCCGGCGCAGUUACAUCACGUCGUCCGGAGCCUUACUACGGGCGUCUGAUCGGGCGUCUCACUCAGUACGCCCACGGCAUCCGCGGCACCGUGUACGCCGUCGACGAGAGCACGGUCUUCGUGCGCGGGUUUGCGUACGAUGGCACGGGACCUGAUGCCUACUUCUGGGUCGGGGACUCGCCUCAACCCAGCCCAGAAGGUAUCCUCGUGCCGUACCCAGAGGAUUAUACAACAAGGGACCCCCCAAUACUGUCGGCGCACAGUAACUCCGACAUCCUGCUGCGGCUGCCGGGAGGCAAGCGCCUGAGGGACAUCAAGUGGCUCAGCGUGUGGUGCCGCAGGUUUACUGUGAACUUCGGCGACGUGUUCAUCCCAAGCGGGCUGGAGGCGCCGCGGGCGCGCGUCCUGCCCGAGUUCCGGCGCCUGGCGCACGGCCUGCGCUCCGGCAACAUCAGCGUGCUUGACGCCAAGACAUUCUACAUCCCCAACCUUCACUACGACGGUGCAGGUCCUGACGCCUACUUCUGGGUCGGCAAUGGAUCCGAGCCCAACCCAUUUGGUACCAAGGUACCCAACGAGAUGGGUUCUCUGAACCCGCUGCGUGGCUAUCAGGGUGAGGACAUCGAGAUCCAGCUGCCGGGCAAACUCAGCGCGUACGACAUCGACUGGCUCGCGGUCUGGUGUGUCGAGUUCCGCCACAACUUCGGCCACGUUCACAUACCUAAAGACCUGGACGUACCCCCAGCGCUGGGACAGACCAAGAUCACGACCAGCUCCACGACGUCGCAGUCGCCAUACAGCGCGACCAAUAACUGCAAAGAAAUAUUAGACAAAAGAUUACAAGUGCGAUGGGAAAUACAGGGCGACCAAGUCCAGAUCACGCUGUCAGCGCGGCUCCGCAAGGAUCAGUACAUGUCGUUCGGCAUCUCCGGCGCUGAAGGGAGACCCGCCAUGGUCGGGGCUGAUGUGGUCGUUGCUUAUUGGGAUACUAGGGUGAACCAGCCUCGUGUGUCAGACUACUGGCUGAGCCACCCGGCGCAGUGCGACGGCGAGCGCGGAGUUUGCCCCGACCUGCGGCUCGGCGGGACCGACGACGCUCAGCUCGUGUCCGGCAACCAGAAGAACGGAAUCACAACUAUAACGUACCGGCGCCCCCUUGCCGCCAAGGAAGCUGUCAAGGACAAGGAAAUACUUACAUCUAGGUCGCAGUCUGUGAUUGCAGCCUUCGGGCCUCUGAACUCCAGAUACGAAGCCAACGCGCACUCCUUCAUGGAUACCACCAGGAACGACGUGCAGAUGGACUUCGGAGCUCAGAACGACAACUCGUGCAGCGGGCUGGCGGAGGCGGCGGCGCCGGGCCCCGCGGCGUGGCCGGCGCGCGUGCUGGCGGGCGCGGGCCGGCUGCGCGCGCGCCUGGGGCCCGCCGCCGGCGCGCGCGGCUACACGCCCCUCACCGGUCAUCCAUCGUGGGGCAUCGCGUGGUACAUCAACGACCUGCUGAUUCCUGAGAUUUACGUGGAGAGAGGCAAGACUUACACCUUCUUGGUGGAAGGUGGAGACGACAGGACCAACCCAGCCAAAUUCCACCCGUUCUACAUCAGCGACUCCUCGGAGGGUGGCUUCGGGCAGAAGAAGGAGGAAGACCAGAGGAAGCAACGCGUGUUCGCCGGGGUAGCGUAUGAUAACGAGGGGUAUCCCUAUCCUACCGCCGUGGGCCGCUACUGCGAGUGGACGCACAAGACGAUCGACCAGGCGGCCGCCUCCGAGACGUUCGAGGACUACAUGAAGACGCUGCAGCUGGAGUGCCACGACGGAGAGCCCGCCGUCCUCAACUGGACCGUGGCCCACGAGACGCCGGACCUACUCUACUACCAGUGCUACACGCACAACAACCUGGGCUGGAAGAUCCACGUGCUGGACGCGGGCGCGCCCGUGCCGCCCGCCGGGGCCCCGGGCCCGCGCGCCGGGGCCCCGGGCCCGCGCGCCGGGGCCCCGCGCGGCCCCGCCGCGGGCCCGCUGGCCGCCGCGCUGGCCCUGGCCGCGCUCGCUCGCAGCUAA